AGAGAAGUGACGUCACUACAAGGCCGGCAUUUUGAAAAAAUAUUCGUAAAAUUUGUUCCACUUUGUUUUAGGAUAUUGUUACAUAAAAUGGCCACAGAUCCGAAUGGGAAAGGGCGGACUCACCUUUUCAAAAACAAAGGAAAGGAUGCUGAUGAAAUGCGAAGACGUCGACAGGAAGUGACAGUGGAACUCAGAAAAAACAAACGCGAGGAAUCUUUAUUAAAAAGGCGUAAUGUCCCAGCUCAAGAUAGUACAGACUUUGAUUCUGAUGAAAGUGAUAGACCGAUUCAACAAUCUUUAGAGACAAUUGUGCAAAAUGCCGCAAGUUGUGAACCAGCUAUUCAACUAAGUGCUGUUCAAGCGGCUAGGAAAUUAUUGUCUAGUGAUCGUAACCCUCCUAUAGAUGAUCUGAUAUCGUCUGGUAUUCUUCCCAUAUUAGUACACUGCUUGAGCUGCGAUGGCAACCCCUCACUCCAAUUUGAAGCAACAUGGGCACUGACUAACAUAGCUUCAGGUACAUCCCAACAAACACAAGCAGUUGUAGGCUCUGGUGCCGUGCCACUCUUUCUACGACUCCUAGAGUCAGAGCAUACAAACGUUUGUGAGCAAGCAGUGUGGGCACUUGGAAACAUCAUAGGUGAUGGCCCCCAAUGUAGAGACUACGUGAUAAGCCUAGGUGUCGUGCAACCUCUACUCUACUUCAUCAAUCCGGACACACAGCUGUCAUUUCUACGUAAUGUAACUUGGGUGAUCGUAAACCUAUGUAGGAACAAGGAACCCCCACCCCCAGUGAAUACCAUAGAAGAAAUACUUCCAGCCCUUAACAAACUGAUUCUUCACACAGACACUAAUAUUCUGGUAGAUACUGUUUGGGCACUGUCAUAUCUCACAGAUGGUGGAAAUAAUCAGAUACAGAUGGUCAUUGCGUCUGGAGUAGUCCCAAUGUUGGUACCCCUACUAAGUCAUUCAGAGGUCAAAGUUCAGACUGCAGCGCUGCGUGCUGUUGGUAACAUAGUUACUGGAACAGAUGAACAGACGCAGGUUGUUCUCGACUGUAACGCCCUGAGUCAGUUCCCAGCACUUUUGUCACACCAAAAAGAAAAAAUUAAUAAGGAAGCUGUCUGGUUUCUCUCCAAUAUUACAGCAGGAAACCAACAGCAAGUCCAGGCAGUCAUUGAUGCAAAGCUUAUCCCCAUGGUUAUACACCAUCUCAGUAGGGGAGAGUUCCAGACCCAAAAAGAGGCUGCAUGGGCGAUCAGUAAUCUAACCAUAAGUGGCAAAAAAGAACAGGUUGCUUACAUAGUAGAACAAGGUGUGAUUGAGCCAUUCUGUGCUUUGUUAAAUGUUAAAGAUGCCCAAGUUGUGCAAGUUGUACUGGAUGGACUAAAUAAUAUUCUAAAAAUGGCAGGAAAUGAAAUUGAAAUUGUUACCAAUAAAAUUGAAGAAUGUGGAGGACUAGACAAGAUUGAAUACUUGCAAAACCAUGAAAAUGUCGAAAUCUACAAACUUGCUUACGAAAUCAUUGAUCAGUAUUUCUCAGAGAACGAUGAUAUUGUUGGUGAUCCAAAUCUGGUGCCAUCAGAGACCCAAGAAGGUUAUCAGUUUGAUCCAGAGGCAUCAAUACCAUCUGAAGGCUUCAAAUUCUAAUCAUUUUACCUUAUAUAAACGAAUCAUGUACAUGAAUGGCUAUCUUGUGACUGUGAAUUGACCAAUCAUAGGCGAGAAUGGAUAUCAUGUGACCCUACACAUGAAUGGAUAUCAUGUGACAAUGUAUAGGCCAACAUACCUAGAAUGGCUAUCAUAUGACCAUGAAUUCUAUCAUGUGACCACAGAUACACCAAUCACAUACAAGAAUGGCUAUCAUGUGACCAUGAAUUCUAUCAUGUGACCAUAGAUAGACCAAUCACAUACAAGAAUGGCUACCAUGUGGCAUACAACUGAGAUACAAAGGUUACUGUAUAUGCACAUCUACAAGUGAUUGCUUAGAAUACACUGAAUGUUUCUCAGAAUCUGGGAAAAUGCUGGAUAUUUCUCAAAAUCUGUUGAAAUACUUGUUACCUCCAAAUUUGGAAUAGACACUGGGAAUCUUGUGAAGUGCUGGAUAUUUUACCAUAUCUGGAAAAACACUGAAUUUUUCUAGAAAAAAACAAUGGAUAUUUCUGGAAAAACUCUUGUUAAGUAUAUUCCAGAAUGAAAAUAAACUUCAUAUUUCACAAAACUGAGAAAACACUAGAUAGCACCCAGAGUGGGAGGGAAAAUACUGGAUAUUUCUCUGAAUGGGAAAGAAAAUACUGGAUAUUUCUCAGAAUGGGAGGGAAAAUUCUGGAUAUUUCUCAGAAUGGGAAAGAAAAUACUGGAUAUUUCUCAG